AGCUCAGUGACGCCGAGCUUUUUAAACCUCACUCUUGUCUCCGCUGCGGCACCGACACCAGCACCGAGUCUCCACACAGCUGCCAACUCCUCCGCUGCGUCCUCCCUCUCCACCUCUCCUCUUCUCCACAUCCUCCUUCUUUUUGCUUCUUCUUGAAACUUCCCUGGAGUUCAUGGCUCAGCCCGGACUGGACGAACUGGAUCAGUGACCGGAUCGCACGUUUUACGCGUCUUUACGCACACGCCCCUGCGACUCCUCUCCUCUUCUCCUUCUUCUCCUCCUCCGCUUCUCCCUUUUUUCUUCUCCUAAAGUUCCCCUUGAGCCUCUCCUGAAGCUCAUGAACUGGAUUAACUGACUCUGGAUCAGUCACUGGAACGCACGCUUUACGCGUCUUUACGCACGCUCCACUGCUCCUCCUCCUCCCUUCUCUCCCUUUCUCUUCCUUCUCGUCUCCUCCUGCCGUGAUGAUGAGCAGCGGCAGUUUCCUGGAGCCGCAGCUGCCGCCGCAGUUCUACCAGGGCUGCACUGACCUCGGCGAGGAGGAGGAGGAGGAGAUGCCCGCCACGGAGAAGGACCUGGCGGAGGACGCGCCGUGGAAGAAGAUCCAGCAGAACACGUUCACCAGGUGGUGCAACGAGCACCUGAAGGUGCUGAACAAGCGCAUCAACGACCUGCAGAAGGACCUGAGUGACGGCCUGAAGCUGAUCGGGCUGCUGGAGGUGCUGAGCCAGAAGAAGAUGUACCGGAAGUACCACAACAGACCCAACUUUCGUCAGAUGAAGCUGGAGAACGUCUCUGUGGCGCUGGAGUUUCUGGAGAGGGAGCACAUUAGACUGGUGUCUAUAGACUCCAAAGCCAUCGUGGACGGGAACCUGAAGCUGAUCCUGGGUCUGAUCUGGACACUGAUCCUCCACUACUCCAUCUCCAUGCCCAUGUGGGAGGAUGAGGACGACGAAGAUGCCAAGAAGCUCACGCCGAAGCAGCGUCUGCUCGGCUGGAUCCAGAACAAGGUGCCGCAGCUGCCCAUCACCAACUUCCACCGCGACUGGAGAGACGGGAAGGCACUGGGGGCGCUAGUGGACAACUGUGCCCCAGGUUUGUGUCCGGACUGGGAAAUGUGGGAUCCCAGUCAGCCGGUGGAGAACGCCAGGGAAGCCAUGCAGCAGGCCGAUGACUGGCUCGGAGUCCCACAGGUUAUCGCUCCGGAGGAGAUCGUUGACCCCAACGUGGAUGAGCACUCAGUGAUGACCUACCUGUCCCAGUUCCCCAAGUCCAAACUGAAGCCCGGCGCCCCCCUGAGGGCAAAGACCUUGCACCCAAAGAUGGCCAAAGCCUAUGGACCAGGUAUCGAACGUCUUGGCAACAUUGUUCUGAAACCAGCUGAGUUCCUGGUCGAGACUGUGGAAGCCGGACUGGGUGAGGUUCUGGUUUAUGUGGAAGAUCCAGAGGGACACACUGAAGAGGCCCGAGUGAUUCCAAACAAUGACAAGAACAGAACCUACUCUGUGGUCUACCUACCUAAAGUGGAAGGCCUUCAUAAAGUGAAGGUGUUGUUUGCUGGACAGGACAUUGACAGGAGUCCAUUUAUCGUCAGCGUCUCCAAGGCGUUGGGUGAUCCAACUAAAGUCCAGGCCCGUGGACCGGGUCUGCAGCAGAUGGGAAACGUGGCCAACAAGCCAACAUACUUUGACAUUUACACGGCAGGGGCAGGAGCUGGAGACGUGGGUGUCAUCAUUGUGGAUUCAAAUGGGCGCAGGGACACAGUGGAGAUUGUCUUGGAAAACAAAGGGGAUAGUAUCUUCCGCUGCACCUAUGUCCCUGUCCUGGAGGGACCUCACACCGUCUAUGUGACCUUUGCUGGGCAGCAGAUUCCCCCAAGCCCUUUCACAGUCCACAUCUCCGAGGUUUCACAGAACCUCCCACCUCCGGGGUCUCCGGUGCAGAUGGUACCUCAGGCCAUCAGCACCCCACCCUCAGACAAGACACGACGAGCCCCGCCUCCGACUCCGCCCAAACCCAGGCGACCAACCUCUAACCCAAACGCAUGCCGGGCGUCGGGCCGAGGUCUGCAGCCCAAAGGUCUGAGGGUGAAAGAAGUGGCCGAUUUUAAAGUGUACACCAAAGGAGGCGGCAGCGGAGAACUGAAGGUCAACGUGAAGGGACCAAAGGGCCUUGACGAGCCAGUUAAGAUCCUCGAGAUGGAAAACGGAGUGUUCGAGUGUAACUACUAUCCGAUUGCGACAGGAAAUUACAUUGUAAUAAUCACGUGGGGGGGACACAGCAUUCCACGCAGUCCGUUUGAAGUGCACGUGAGUGAGGAGGCGGGGCCUCAGAAAGUCCGGGCCUGGGGUCCGGGUCUAGAGACCGGCAUGGUGGGAAAAAGUGCAGACUUUGUGGUCGAGGCCAUCGGGACGGAGGUGGGAACGCUCGGUUUCUCCAUCGAGGGGCCGUCCCAGGCGAGGAUCGAGUGCGAUGACAAAGGUGAUGGGUCAUGUGACGUCCGAUACUGGCCGACCGAGCCUGGCAACUACGCUGUCCAUGUCAUAUGUGACGACGAGGACAUCAAGGACAGUCCUUUCAUGGCACACAUCCUCCCUGCAGCCAGCGGUGUCUUCCCAGAAAAGGUGAAGUGUUAUGGCCCUGGUCUGGAGCCCGUGGGCUGCAUUGUCAACAAACCCGCCGACUUCACCAUCGACACCCAUGGAGCUGGCAGUGGCGAGCUGAAGCUGUACGCUCAGGAUGCAGAAGGCUUUCCCAUCGACAUCCAGCUCACCGAUAAUGGAGACAGCACCUACUUCUGUGUUUACAUUCCCACUAAACCCAUCAAACACACCAUCAUCAUCACCUGGGGUGAAGUCAACGUCCCCAACAGUCCCUUCAGGGUGAUAAUAGGUGAAGGCAGCCACCCAGAGAACGUGAAGGUUUAUGGUCCAGGUGUAGAGAAGAUGGGGCUUAAGGCCAAUGAGCCAACGUACUUCACUGUGGACUGCAGCGAUGCCGGACAGGGUGAUGUCAGCAUCGGGAUCAAAUGUGCACCAGGUGUCGUCGGACCUGCAGAGGCCGACAUCGACUUUGACAUCAUCAAGAACGACAAUGACACGUUCACAGUGAAGUACAUGCCGCCGGGGCCGGGCCAGUACACCAUCAUGGUGCUGUUCGCCGAUCAGGAAAUCCCCAUCAGCCCCUUCAGAAUAAAAGUGGAUCCAUCACAUGAUGCAGCGAAAGUCCGCGCAGAAGGCCCUGGACUCAACAAGUCAGGUGUGGAAGUGGGCAAACCCACUCACUUCACCAUCUACACGAAGGGAGCAGGGAAGGCCACACCAAAGGUUAACUUCACUGCUGCAUCAGGCAAAGGCGAAACCGUGAGAGACUUUGAGAUCAUCGACAAUCACGACUACUCCUACACCGUCCGUUACACCGCUGUGCAGCAGGGGAACCUGUCCAUCACCAUCUGUCACGGAGGAGAUGCCAUUCCCAGGAGUCCUUUUACCAUCAGUGUUGCUCCACCUCUCGACCUCAACAAGGUCAAAGUUCAGGGGAUGAACAACAAGGUGGAUGUGGGGAAGGAUCAGGAGUUCACUAUCUGCACGCAAGGAGCUGGAGGUCAGGCCAAAUUGGAGGUCAGAAUCACCUCCCCAUCACGUCGACCAAUCCCCUGCAAGGUGGAGUCGGGAACAGCCAAUGAACUUCACACGGUGAAGUACAUUCCCCCCGAGGAGGGGCCAUACCGGGUGGACAUCAGCUACGAUGGAAACCCCAUCCCAGGAAGUCCGUUUACCGUGGAGGGCGUCAUGCCUCCUGACCCUUCCAAGGUGCGGGCUUAUGGUCCAGGUCUUCAGGGAGGUGUUGUGGGUAAACCAGCACCAUUUGCCAUUGACACAAAGGGGGCCGGCACUGGUGGUCUGGGCUUGACGGUAGAGGGGCCCUGCGAGGCCAAGAUUGAAUGUCAAGACAACGGAGAUGGCUCCUGUUCUGUCUCCUACCUGCCCACCGAGCCUGGCGAGUACACCAUCAACAUCCUGUUCGCAGAACAGCAUAUCCCUGGCUCCCCCUUCAAGGCUGUGGUUCAGUCCAUGUUUGACCCCUCUAAGGUGACGGUAAGCGGCCCAGGCCUGGAGCGAGGGAAAGUCAACGAGGCUGGAUCCUUCACAGUGGACUCCUCCAAAGCUGGAGAGGCGGAGCUCACCAUUGAGAUAAUCUCAGACUCCGGAGCCAAAGCUGAGGUUCAUGUCCAGAACAAUGGUGAUGGGACAUACUCCAUCACUUACAUACCAAAGUUUCAUGGCAUGUACACCAUCACCAUCAAGUAUGGAGGACAAGCGGUGCCAAAGUUUCCCACCCGCCUACAGGUGGACCCAGCUGUGGACACAAGCGGCGUGAAGGUCUAUGGACCAGGAAUUGAACCCAGAGGUGUCCUGAGGGAAGUGACCACACAUUUUACAGUGGAAGCCCGGUCGCUCUACAAGAGCGGCAAGAGCCAAAUCAAAACCCACAUCUCCAACCCUUCAGGUGCCAACACUGACGCUUACAUCACUGACAAGGGUGAUGGCACCUACAGAGUGGAGUACACGCCAUACGAGGACGGUUUACAUCUGAUUGAAGUUCUGUUUGACGAAGUCUCUGUACCGAAGAGUCCCUUCAGGGUGUCAGUGAAUGAGGGUUGUGAUCCGAGUCGAGUCCGGGCCUACGGUCCUGGUUUGGAGGAAGGACUCGUCAACAAACCAAACCGCUUCACUGUUGAGACCAGGGGUGCUGGCACCGGUGGUCUUGGCCUCGCUAUUGAGGGUCCGUCUGAGGCAAAGAUGUCAUGUAAGGACAACAAAGAUGGCAGUUGCAGUGUGGAGUAUAUCCCUUUCACACCCGGAGAGUAUGACGUCAAUAUCACCUUUGGAGGCCUUCCUAUCCCAGGAAGUCCAUUCAGGGUCCCAGUGCGAGAGCUUGUGGACCCAAGUAAGGUGAAGUGCUCAGGUCCAGGACUGGGAAGUGGUGUACGAGCUCAUGUUCCUCAGACUUUCACCGUGGACAGCAGCAAGGCUGGAGUUGCACCACUGGAGGUCCAGCUCUACGGGCCAACUGGUGUUGCCGAACCAAUAAGCAUCACUGACAAUGGUGAUGGGACCCACACUGUGAACUAUACUCCUGCCAAUGAUGGCCCAUACACUGUGUGUGUGAAGUACGCUGACCAGGAGGUUCCUCGCAGUCCUUUUAAGAUCAAGACGCUACCAGCUCAUGAUGCCAGCAAAGUCCGAGCCAGCGGUCCCGGUUUGAAUGCAUCAGGAGUCCCUGCAAGUCUGCCCGUCGAGUUCACCAUCGACGCCCGAGAUGCUGGAGAGGGACUGCUCACAGUCCAGAUUCUGGAUCCAGAGGGAAAACCCAAGAAGGCGAACAUCCGGGACAACCGGGACGGGACGUACACAGUGUCCUAUGUGCCGGACAUGGCGGGACGCUACACCAUCACUAUUAAAUAUGGAGGAGACGAGAUCCCGUACUCCCCAUACCGGAUCCACGCCCUGCCCACCGGGGAUGCCAGCAAGUGUUUGGUGACAGUGUCGAUUGGUGGACAUGGGUUGGGGUCAGGGAUUGGCCCGACCAUCCAGAUCGGCGAGGAGACUGUAAUCACUGUGGACGCAAAAGCUGCUGGGAAAGGUAAAGUCACCUGCAAGGUGUCGACUCCGGAUGGGGCGGAGCUCGACGUGGACGUGGUGGAGAACGCAGAUGGGACGUUUGAUAUUUACUACACAGCCCCCGAGCCUGGGAAAUACGUCAUCACCAUCCGGUUUGGAGGCGAACAUAUUCCCAACAGCCCCUUCCAUGUGGUGGCGAGUGACAGUGUCCCUUUAAUAGAGGAACCAUGUGACCAGCUUCAGUUACAGCAGCACUUCACUCCCUAUGUGGGCUUCACACCCCAAUGGGCCACUGAUGACCCCAUCAGUUCGGUGGAUGGGUUGGACCCCAUACUCCGCCCCUUCAGUCUGGUCAUACCCUUCACUGUGCAGACAGGAGAAAUAACAGGUGAAGUGCGAAUGCCAUCGGGUCGGACCUCGUGGCCUCACAUCACCGACAACAAGGACGGCACCGUCACGGUUAAGUACUCCCCGACGGAACGGGGUCUGCACGAGAUGGACAUCAAAUACGAAGGAAACCACAUCCCAGGAAGUCCUCUUCAGUUCUACGUCGAUGCCAUCAACAGUGGUCAUGUGACCGCGUACGGACCUGGUCUGACCCACGGCACUGUGAACCGACCAGCAACGUUCACGAUCGUCACCAAAGACGCCGGAGAAGGUGGUCUCUCUCUGGCCGUGGAAGGGCCGUCCAAAGCUGAGAUCAGCUGUAAGGACAACAAAGAUGGGACCUGCACCGUGUCCUACCUGCCCACCGCACCUGGAGACUACAACAUUAUUGUCAAAUUUGAUGACAAGCACAUCCCCGGCAGUCCCUUCACAGCCAAGAUCACUGGUGAUGACUCCAUGAGGACGUCUCAGCUCAACGUUGGCACGGCAACAGACGUUUCCCUGAAGAUCAUGGAGACGGACCUGAGCAGUCUGACCGCUACCAUCAGAGCGCCAUCUGGAAAUGAGGAGCCAUGUCUGCUGAAGCGGCUUCCCAACCGACACAUCGGAAUCUCGUUCACACCGAAGGAAGUGGGUGAACACGUGGUCAGUGUGAAAAAGAGCGGGAAACAUGUGACCAACAGCCCCUUUAAGAUCAUGGUGGGUCAGUCGGAGAUCGGAGACGCCAGUAAGGUGAAGGUUUACGGUCAGGGGCUGGUGGAAGGACACACAUUUGAGGUGGCAGAGUUCAUCGUGGACACAAGGAGCGCAGGUUAUGGCGGCCUGGGUCUAUCCAUCGAGGGUCCCAGUAAAGUGGACAUUAACUGCGAGGACGUGGAGGAUGGGACCUGCAAAGUUACUUACUGUCCCACUGAACCUGGAAACUACAUCAUCAACAUCAAGUUCGCUGACCAACACGUACCAGGAAGUCCUUUCACAGUGAAGGUUUUUGGCGAGGGCAGGAUGAAGGAGAGCAUCACCAGGAAGCGUCAGGCGUCUUCCAUCGCUACUGUCGGCAGCACCUGUGACCUCAACCUCAAAAUACCAGGAAACUGGUUUCAGAUGGUGUCCAAUCAGGAGCGUCUUACUCAGACGUUCACCCGCAGCAGCCACACCUACACCCGCACUGAGAGGACGGAGAUCAGCAAAACCCGUGGAGGUGAGACGAAGAGGGAGGUGCGCGUGGAGGAGAGCACACGGGUCGGAGGCGACCCCUUCAGGGACGUGUUCGGAGACUUUCUGGGGCGUGAGAGCAUGAGUGGGUUCAGUGGAAGCCGGCCGCCUCUGCAGGACGGCGAGGCAGGUAACCAGGAGAUGACCGCUCAGGUGACAAGUCCAGGAGGAAAGACGGAGGAUGCGGAGAUCAUUAAAGGAGAGGACAGCACCUACAGUGUCCGCUUCAUCCCUCAGGAAAUGGGAGCUCACACCGUUAACGUUAAAUUCCGGGGCCAACACGUUCCUGGGAGUCCCUUUCAGUUCACUGUGGGACCACUGGGAGAGGGAGGGGCCCACAAAGUGAGAGCAGGGGGAACUGGACUGGAUCGUGGAGUCGCAGGGAUCCCAGCUGAGUUCAGUAUCUGGACCCGUGAGGCCGGAGCUGGAGGACUCUCCAUUGCCGUAGAAGGACCCAGCAAGGCCGAGAUCACCUUUGAGGACAGGAAGGAUGGAUCCUGUGGAGUUGCCUAUGUGGUUCAGGAGCCCGGUGAUUAUGAGGUUUCUAUUAAAUUCAAUGACGAGCACAUCCCAGACUCUCCGUUCAUCGUCCCCGUCGCCACUCUGUCCGAUGACGCUCGCCGCCUCACCAUCACCAGCCUGCAGGAGAUGGGUCUGAAAGUAGGACAGGAGGCGUCCUUUACCGUCCAGCUGAACGGAGCUCGAGGUCUGAUCGAUGCCAAGAUCCACACGCCGUCUGGAGCCACCGAGGAGUGUUUCAUCACUGAGGUGGAGAGCGAUCAGCACGCUGUCAGGUUCAUCCCGAGAGAAAAUGGAAUUCACUCCAUCGACGUUCGCUUCAACAGCAGCCACGUCCCGGGAAGCCCCUUCAAGAUCCGAGUGGGAGAACCGGGACAGGUUGGAGAUCCUGGGAUGGUUUCUGCCUUUGGACCAGGACUGGAGGGAGGAACCACAGGAGUCGCGUCAGAGUUUGUAGUAAACACCUGUAAUGCCGGAGCAGGAGCCCUGUCUGUCACCAUCGAUGGACCGUCGAAAGUAAAAAUGGACUGUCAGGAAUGUCCAGACGGGUACAAGGUCUCCUACACACCUAUGGCUCCUGGAAACUACCUGAUCUCCAUCAAGUAUGGCGGACCACAGCACAUCGUCGGAAGCCCCUUUAAAGCGAAAGUCUCAGGUCCUCGUCUUUCCGGCGGUCACAGUCUACACGAGACAUCUUCCGUUCUUGUGGAAACUGUCACCAAGACAUCGGCAAUGGGCGGGGCCUUUACCUCGUUACCCAAAUUCUCCUCAGACGGCAGUAAGGUCAACUCCAGAGGCGCUGGACUGUCGAAGGCUUUCAUCGGUCAGAAGAACACGUUCACAGUUGACUGCAGCAAAGCAGGCACCAACAUGUUGAUGGUGGGCGUCCAUGGGCCGAAGACGCCCUGCGAGGAGGUGUAUGUGAAGCACAUGGGCAACAGGAUGUACAACGUCACGUACACGGUGAAGGAGCAGGGCAGCUACAUCCUCAUCGUGAAGUGGGGGGACGAGAACGUCCCCGGCAGUCCCUUCCAUGUUACCGUCCCCUGAGACCCCGGACUCUUCCAGUCCACCGCGUCCGUCUAAAGACGCUCUCUGUUUUCUGUUGUGUCCGCAGCAACACUUUUUCACUGUUCAUCGCAUGUGACAGUAAACACACCGUGGACUCGUGCUGCCUUCAGGUGUUGUCGUGUUUACCUUCGUUCACCAGCAGAGUCUGUAUGAACACCCCUCCCCCUCCUGUGGUGUCCACAACCUCUGACCUCUGAAUUCGCUGAAAACUCUUGAGUUCAUUUCCUGCUUUUCAUUUGCUGGCUGUUGGCUAGCAAGCUAGCUAGCUACACUCUUAUGCUUUGUUCCAUUUCCAUCGGAACUUUGGAUUGAAGUUACCCAGUGUUCCGGAGUUCACAGUGUUCCAGUGUUCCAACAACGCAAUUGUUAGCCACCGCUAGCAAUAUCAGUCAAUGACAAUGCUCUACGUGGUGGAUUCGUGCGAACAGACAGUGUAGCAACGGGUGAAAUACGAUUAAAAAAAUGAAACAGUACAACGCGUACGACUUAUUUACUGUGAAAUAAAUAUAAGAAAAGUGCGAUUAGCGGUAAACGUACGGGUUGGCGAGGUUGCGCCGAGUUCCGAUGGUGGCAAAUGUCAGAUUUGUUGUUGAGUUCUUUCUUUGUUUCUUUUUUUCACAAUUUUUCUCUUUUCAGAGUGUUUUUUUUUCGUCCGAACACAGGAAGUGAAAUAGGAAGUGAAGCAGGAAGUGAAGCGGUUUAUGUAAUGACAUUGGAGCUUUUGCGACUUUAUUUAUUGUCUUGAUUUUCUUUGACAGAAAACGUCUUAUUGUUGACGAGCAGGUGGAGAGUUUUGAUUUUUUUUUUCACCACAGGAGGAGGAGCAUGAUGAUGAUGAUGAAGAUCAGUAUUGCCUUGACAUUUUUUAGUGAUUUUUGUAUGAAUGAAAAAUAAAAUAAAUAUGUUGAAUGUAAUUAAAGUGCUGCCGAGGCUCAAACUGAUACAAUCAAACAAUGA